CCCCACCCCCGGCAGACCUGCCUCCCCUCCUGCUGCAUGCACAGCCGCUGCCCUGCCUGCCGGGCUCAGCCCACGCCGAGGAGCCACGCACAGUUGCAGGUGAGGCAGAACACCCAGGAUUAUGGCAACUCCUUCCACCCUCUCUCCUCUCCUUUUCCUGUGUGUGCUGGUUCUUUCUGAGAUCAGUCUUGCAGUCUCCUUGGAACCCAGCACAAAGCUUAAAAAUGUCCCAGAAAACAACAACCAUCUUCAAAACCAAGAGAUGUGGCUGCAGCAGCCCAGAAGCAGACACCACCACAAGCAUGGCUUGGCCAAGAAGGAGAGGGUCCAUGCCAUGCCUUCCAGAGGGCAGCCAUCUGGAGAAGAAGCACUCAGAAUGGGUAGUGGAGAUCCAGUUGCAGAAGAGCUGUCAGCAGAGGGGCAGCCAGCAGCCCUGAAACAGAAGGAUGUGUUCCUGGGGUUCGAGUUCCCAUAUCCUGAAAGGGAGAACCAGUCCCCUGGGUCCGAGAGAGGAAAGAAGCUGAACCGAGAGCUCCGGCGACACAGCCGCAGGGACAGGCUGAAACACCACAGAGGGAAGACUCCUGAUGCUGGGCCAAGCUCCCUGUACAAGAAACCUGAAAGCUUUGAAGAACAGUUUCAAAAUCUCCAGGCAGAGGAAGCUACAAGUCUGACUCCCACUGUGCUUCUCAUGACUGCACUGGAACUAGCUGUUUCCACGGAAGAACCUCCUGCUCUUCCAGCCACAUCACCACGGUCACAGGCCCGCCUCAGGCAAGAUGGGGAUGUGAUGCCCACCUUAGAUAUGGCACUCUUCGACUGGACAGAUUAUGAAGACCUCAAACCAGAAAUGUGGCCAUCUGCUAAAAAGAAAGAGAAACGCCGCAGUAAGAGCCCCAGUGGUGGAAACGAAACCGUGGCGGCCGAAGGCGAGCCCUGUGAUCAUCACCUUGACUGCCUCCCAGGCUCUUGCUGUGACCUGCGUGAACACCUCUGCAAACCACACAAUCGAGGCCUUAACAACAAAUGUUAUGAUGACUGCAUGUGCACUGAAGGGCUACGCUGUUAUGCCAAAUUCCACCGGAACCGGCGGGUGACGCGGAGGAAAGGGCGCUGCGUGGAGCCCGAGUCAGCCAACGGAGAGCAGGGAUCCUUCAUUAAUGUUUAGCAGGGUGGGACUCCUGCCUGGAUGGUCAGGAGCUGGGCUCAAACUGCUUAUACCUAGCAAUGGGAAUUAGAGGAAAAACUCCAGCAAAUGACUGAAGCUGCAGGCUUGACCAUGCCAGGUUCCAACAGGGCUGAAGCCCAUGUUAACUAUAAAUACAGUGUUCUUGGCCUUUUCCAUACCAGCACUGCAUUUCCUCUCCCCUUCUCUCAGCACAUUUCUAUUGCUGUGCUGGAUCACCUUCUCCCAGAUGAUCUUGGCUACCAUUCUGAUGGUCCUGGCAGGAAAAGGCUCUGUAGUUUCAUGUCCUCUUAAACAGAGGCAAGGUAAGAAAUAUUGUUCAGGUUAAAGGAGAUGGAAGCUUAAUGUUUGCCCCUUUACCUGUUGCUUGAGAAGAAAGGUAGAACCUUUCCAAGUAUAGAAGUUCCUAGAGAAUAGGAAGCUUGUAGCCUCCAGGUGGAAUCAAAGAUGGGAAAUGGAUCAGCAGGAAGCUGGCUGCCUAGGUGAGAGGGGACCCUCUGACAGAGCUCUUGCCUAUUCCUUCACUGCUACAGAUGGAUAUUCCCUACCUGUUACACACUACCAUUUCCUACCUGUCUCCUGUGGGACCAUCCAGUCCCACUCCUUCCUUUCUUCCUUCCCUUCUUCCAGAGCACCACCUGGUUUCUGCAAGGAUGUGGCAAGAGAUCCCAGCCUGCAGCUCUCACUCAUUUAGUUAUCCUGCCAAGUCUGUUAUUUUUAAUGAUUAUUUUUAGGAGCUUUCUGGGGAAGUGACAGUUUUCCUAGUGAGCCAAAAAUAAGGUUUUUGGUAACAGGAGACAGGGACAGGCUGUUCCAUUGUAGUAAAUCCUGUGACAUGUUGCAUGUGUGUUUCCAUGACAUGUAAAUAAAGAUGUGAUAGAUA